ACAAUGAUUUUAUUAUUUAUUUAUUUAAUCUCCUUCUCGCUACUUUGGAGAGCAGUUGUCAGGUUUUUUCUGUCCUCCGCAGUCUCCCCGCGGUCUCCGCCCCCAGUCUGCCUGAAUGGGAACACCCAGAGCGGGAUCCCCGGCGCUUCUGGCAUCCAUCCCAAACACAGCACAGCCCCUAAAAGCAACGUCCUCCAGUGAUUUUUAUUAGCAAAAGCGGCGUAUUGCAGAUAAAAUAUUUGAGUGCAAUGUCAUACCUGUCACAGGAUGCUGACUCUAGAUCUGGAAACUGAUACGACUUCGGAGGACACAGCGCCAAGCUCCCCGGAUGGUGGUGCGGAGACACCGGUCAGUCUCGAUGUACUGGAAGAGCAGCUUCCAGUAAAGCAAUCUUUGGGUGCCUCUAUGUGCCGUGAGACGCACUGGCGUUGUCUCCUGCUUUCCUUGCUCAUGUACAGCUGUCUGGGUGCCGUAGCCUGGUGUCAACUCACUGAAGUCACCAAGCUGAGCUUUGAUUCCUCCAGUAUGUUCCAUGCUGCUUCAAUGAACUCUCUUAGGGGUCAUUCCAUGAAAUACAACGCCAGCCCUUGCUCUGACGGCUACGUGUACAUCCCUUUGGCUUUUCUGCUAAUGCUCUACGCUGUUUACCUAAUGGAAUGUUGGCAUUGCCGUGCCCGCAGUGAGCUGCAGUGCAAGGCCAACGUGGAGAGCGUGUACGAGAGGGUUCUUCGUAUGCGUCAGGCUCGACCGUGCGUUUGGUGGAAAGCCAUCAGCUAUCACUUCGUACGCAGGACUCGACAAGUGACGCGUUACAGGAACGGAGACACCUACACUACGACACAGGUUUACCACGAGCGUGUAAACACACAUGUGGCAGAGGGAGAAUUCAACUACGGCCGAUGUGGCAUGAAAGACGUGUCCCGCAACUUACGUGGACUGGAGGGUCACGCAGCGACGCGGUUGCAUUUCAGCAAGUGUUUCAGUUUUGCAGGAGCCGGACCUGAGAACGCUUACCUCAACCAGCGGGCCAGAUUCUUCUCUGAAAUCGAGGGUCUGGAUGACUACAUGGAAGCCCGUGAAGGCUUGCUCCUGAAGAACGUUGACUUCAAAGAGCACCUCAUAGCCUACGUAGAUCCUGAUCGACUACCGUGGUACACCUCACGGGUCGCAUUCUGGAUGGCUGCUCUCCUCAUGCUCUCCUGGCCACUUCGGGUGCUAACCGAGUACCGGACGGCUUUCGUGCACUAUCAAGUCGAAAAACUCUUCGGGCUGGAGUACGCCAACAACAGCCCAUCUCCAGAGGAUGGGACUACUCUGAGGAACAGUCACUAUGGACUACCGAGAGCAGAAACGGUAGACAGCACAGAACUAGAAUGGCACAUUCGCUCGAACCGUCAGCUCAUACCGAGCUACUCGGAGGCCAUGCUGAUGAACAUGGGUACCUCGGGGUCAGGCCGCAGGGGCAGCAUUGCUUCCAACCGCAUCCCGUUGGACAGCUACCCAGCGCACAGCUAUGGGACGCUGGUGCAGAACUGCGAGCAUUGUCGCCAACACGAGAACGGACAGAGACGGCCCACCAUUAGCUCCAGCUGUUCCUCCAUCUUCUCUCGACACACCUUCCACUCCCACUUGUCUCUGGACACUUCCCAUUUCUCCUUGUGUCGCAUGUACGGUUCCAGGCGCACUGUGGGACUGUGGAGGAGCCGAAGCAGCUCGCUUACAGAACGCUGCUGUGUGGACGAGCAAUGCUGCAGGUCUAACACCAGUCAGCUUGCCUUGAACAACAGCCCACCCAACUACCAGGACGCUCGUUUUUUUCCGGUCCUCAUAGUACAUCGGCCCGAGGGUUGCGGGGACUCUUCAGAGGUGAGAAGGUAUUGUGUUCGCAGAGGUUCCUGUUGUGUGGAGACUUCACUUUGAUAUGAUUUGAUUGGUCGAAUUCAAGAAAUACUUGCACUAUGGAGACUUUUGACGCGAGAAGUCUACGACUGACGAUAAACUUUGUCCUAUGCGAAAAAAUGAAACGUGGUUUCGUCCGUGCACCACUGAACUAUUUUUUUAUAUCAAAGGGCUGAAUUUAUUAGCAGAUACGAGCCCUCUAUACUUUUAAUUUAUUAACAGUUGGCAAGAACUGUAAUGCAUUACAAAUCUGCUGGCUUUAAUAAACAAUAAAGAAAAUCCUACCAUAUUUAACAGCCAAAAUCACGCAUCGCUUGUUGGAAAUGUUUGUGCUAUCAAUGUCACUGAACAAAAAAGGUUCUGACUGCAGACUUCUUCAGAGGACACAAUUAGUUGUGGAAGAAUUAAUCAUUUACUUGCUGCCAUUUUGCCUUUGUAUCUCAAAUAUUGGUGAAACCGGGGCUUAUUGUCAUGCUUUUAAUGCCAAUUCUUCUCAGGGUUAGUUUUUUUUUUAAGUCAACUUCUGUGAAGGUACAUACAUUAAAGGUGCCGUGAAUCAGGUGUUUUUAUUGUUUUAUACUGUUGUUUGAGGUCUAUGACGUUUGCAUGGUUUUUACAUUCAAAAACAUCAGAAGCAAUAAGUGAUAAGCUAUAUUGUACUCUAGUUUUGAGGCUGGCUCAAAGAAAUGUCCAGAGAAUUUCAAUAUUUUUCCUAUUUAAAACUCUAAUAAUCAAGGACUUUGCUCCCGUACCCUGGCUUUAGCAGGUGCAAUGAUAUUACGCAGUACCUGAAAAUAGUCCCCUGCUAUUGAUAGUUACCAAGGGGACUAUUUUCGGAUGCUACGUAAUAUCAUAGCACCUGCUGAAAAUAUCAAAAUUCUUUGGACAUUUUUGAGCGCGAUGCUAAUGGUCUAAUAAGAUUCAAUGGAUUAUGCUAAGCUAAGCUAAAAGUGGUACCGCCCGACCCGGAGAUUGGAAAAUGAGCAUAUUUUCAGAAAAGUGGAGUGUCAAUUUAAUUCACUGCACCUUUAAAUAUUUGGCUACAGAACAGAUUAGGGAAUGUUAAAGGGAUGAACCCCUUUUUGGGAUGGGUUUGUAAUUUAACCUAUGCUAAGUUGUUUCAACCCAAAAUGCUGGGUUAUUUUAACCCAUUGUUGGGUCAAAUAUGAAAAUUUUUGGGUUAAUUUAACCCAACAGCUGGUUUGUCCCUUUUUGACCCAACGCUGGGUUGAAAAUAACCCAGCAUUUUAGAGAAUGUAUUAUUUAAAGCACGUGUUGGCACUUUUCCAGCCUUAAUUGCAUAGUUGACUCUUGCCUUAAUGUAGUCUACCGUAGUUGUAUUGUUUUUACCUGUUUACUGAACAGCGAUAGAAAAAAAACAUAAUGAUGAUGCUGGUAUUUUAGUUUGGACAACUAGCCCUGGUCUUCAUUAUUCGAAUGUCAUACGGUUGUUGUACUUGUUUUGAUUGUAAAAACUUUGACUAAGACAUUUUGUGAUUGUACGAUUGUUAAGCAAUCAAUUUCUUAUUUAUUAUUUAACAGAACAUGUAAUUGAUUUUCCAAUGAAUGUGAGGGGAAAAAACUAAAUGAGAGGUAUGACAAAUAUUGCAAAUCUUUUUUUGUUAAUGCUAAUUUAUUUCAUUACUGUAUGUUGGCAUCAAAGAAGUGUCUGUAAUGUCUGAUGUAAAAAGCAAAAAGUUGCAUGGCAAUUCAUUCACACCCAGACAAUGUGUAAUGUGGAUGUUUGUAGCUUUUUGGAAACUGUUCCAAUGAAGAAGUUCCCAAAAACAGCAAUACGGUGAUUUACACCUUAAUAUAUCAUAAAAUGUGUGUGUCUGUAAUAAGUGAUCAUAAUAACACUGACUCAUCAAAUGAGCUUAAACAAUUCCCCUGUAAACUAAAUGUCAUAACCUUAACAUUAUGGUUUACUGGAAACAGACGUAGACAAGACAUGCAGUUCAAUGGCAGUGACUGUUAAAAAUAGUGCAGAAUAAAAUUGUGCAGAUGCUAAAAUGCUUCCUAGUUGAUUUAUUCAUUGCAAAUUAUUCAUUCUUUUCAUAUGUAAAUAUGCUCAUGGUGGCUUUUAUUUGCUCUGUUGUAUAGUAAGCAUCGGCUACUUAAACAAAUGUUUUCCUUACUAUUACACAGCUGUACAGUACUGUAUGUUUAGAUGU